UUCGUAUCAUCUCCUCACAAUCUCACCAAUUCCAAAUCCUAAACCUUUGUCUACUCUCUUCUUCUCUGCAGAUGAUUCAAAUGGACGGUGGAGAUAGGCUGAGAGUGACUUUGUUUGAUCGAAUGUCAACGGUGGAGAAUGGCAGGAGCUCGGUGACUUUAGAAGAUAUUCUGAUGGCUGAAACGAGCGGUUUCCGAUCUCUUACUGUGCCGCCUUCUCCGGCGAGGAAUCACUCGAAUAGUAGUUUACUUGACGUGAUGAGAAGAGAGCGUCGCCGUGAUAAAACAGCUUGGAAAUCUCUCCGGGAUAAGCUCCGCCUUAAACGCGCCGCUACUGGAUGGAUCUCGGCUAAUCCUAUCCCUAAUUUGGAUAAUCAUAUCCUUACUCCGGUUAAUGACAGCCACCGAUUUAACCGCCUUGGAUUCCUCCUCUCUAAUUCGGAGACAAACCGGAGUAAUGGUGAUGUUAGGGAUGGCGGAGAGGAAGCGGCGGAGCGAGAAGGAAGGCUCCGGCUAGACACGGUGUUGGCGGCGGAUAGAGAGGAAAUGCAGCCGCCAAGGAUGUCUCUUAUGGAGUUGUUGGAGGAUAAUGAUGGACAAAUGUAUGAACUCAGCGCGCGAGAAGAGGUGGAAGUGGAGGGAAGAGAUUGCUGCGACGGUGGAGGAGAGGUGGUGGCAGUGACGGGGGCGGCGGAGUUGGGUUGUUGUGUGUGUAUGAUAAGGAGUAAAGGUGCGGCUUUUAUACCUUGUGGACAUACAUUUUGCCGAUUGUGUUCAAGAGAGCUUUGGGUACAAAGAGGAAACUGUCCUCUAUGUAACACUGCCAUUUUACAAGUUCUUGAUAUUUUCUAGCUUAGCUUCUUUUGCAUUAUUGUAUUAUUUAGGUGUGUCUAUUGUUUUCUUUACUUGUUUGUUUGUGAAGUGAAUCUCAAACAAUGAACCUUCACAACAAUG